GCUCGCACUUAAAACCCAAAACUCUGUGCGCUCUUCAGUUGUGUGCAGACAGUGCGCUCUGUCGGUCAUCCGCCCCAUCCUUAGCGUUCGGAAUUUACACUGAAACCAGGAGGACCAUGGAUAAUCCUGCCUAUGUGAUCGACUGUGAGCGCGAGUUCGGUGAUGGACGGGAGAAGCCUCCACAGUCGCCCAAGUCGCACAGCUUCGAGGAGGCCAUCACGUUGACGGGUGUCGGACGCUUCCACUACAAGCUGCUGCUCGUGUGUGGCCUCUGCUUCAUGGCCGUGAUGGUGGAGAUCAUGGGCGUCAGCCUGAUCAUGAACCAAAUGAAGUGCGACCUCCAGCCCACGAUUGACCAGCAGGGCAUCCUGGCCUCGGCGGGCUUCCUGGGCGUUGUGCUCAGCUCCCAUGCCAUGGGCUUCCUGGCGGACACUUGGGGCCGGGUGACGACGCUCCGGUAUGCGCUCCUUCUGGCCGCCAUUUGCUCGAUCAUCUCGGGCUUUUCGGUCAACAUUUGGAUGCUGAUUGUGUUGCGUUUCCUCACGGGCUUCUUCAUCUCCGGCGGCCAGGCCUGUGUCUUCAGUUUGUGCGGCGAGUUCCAUGGCAACGGAUCGAGGGUGAGGCAUGUGACCCUCCUCUCGGGCUUCCUCUGCUUGUCCAUGAUCUUUGCACCAGCCAUGGCCAUUGGCAUUCUGCCGCUGCGCAUUGAGACCAUUGUCCUGGGCAUGCGCUUCUCCUCGUGGCGUGUGCUGCUCAUCGCCAAUGUGUCCAUCUCGCUGCUCGCCCUCGUGGGCCUCGCCACGCUGCCCGAGACGCCCAAGUAUAUGCUGGUGCAGGGCCAGGGCGAGGCAGCCCUCGAGACGCUGCGAAUCAUCUUCAGCCAGAACAUGCGCAAACCCCCAUCCGAGUACCCAGUGCGAGCGAUCACCCUGGAGAGCGGCGGUGCCAGUCUGUCGGAUGUCCACGGGUUCUGCGACGCCGUGCGCCUCGUCUGGCGCCAGACAGUGCCGCUCUUCUACCGCUCCCGGCUGGUGCACACGCUGAACAUUUGCACGAUUCAGUUCCUCAUCUACAGCAUGGCCCAGGGCAUAUUCAUGUGGUUCCCCACCAUCCUCGAUGAGCUGGGCGCCCGUGGCGGCGACCCAGCGCUCCUCUGCCGCGUGCUGUCCGAGUUCGAUGCCCAGAGGCCGGACAAUGCCACUGCAGGGGACACCGCACAGGUGUGUGCCGUGGAUGUGGACACCAACACCUACCAAGUGAUGAUCAUCAUUGGGGCCUCGUUCACGGGGAUCUACUUGGUGUUUGCCUACAUCAUCGACUACACGGGCAAGCGGAAUCUGUUGAUGGGCUGGAUGGCGCUGACCAUGAUCUGCCUGGUGGGCUUGCACUUCGUGGAGCAAUUUGCCCUGGUGGUCAUCGCCCUGACCGUGGUCAUGGCCAUUGGCAACUGCGGCGGUCUGGUGAGCACCAUUGCCAUGGAGUUCUAUCCCACGCACAUCAACGCCAUGGGCAUGUGCUUCAUCAUGAUGAUGGGUCGCCUCGGGGCAGUGGUCGGCAGCAAUCUCCUCGGUCGCCUGCUCUUCACCAGCUGCGACACCGUCUUCUGGUCACUGCUCGGCCUCGUCAUUUUCCUAUGCAGCUUGGGCUACUUCCUGCCCGAGAAGCCGCGCGCCCAGCGAGUGCCAGCGACACCGAUCUUGGCCAAUAGCUCUAAGUAG